GCACGUUUGUGUCGCAGGCAAUAAGCGUCAUCGAGGCGCCGCAGGUCACGUGAUUCAAGAUGGCGGCGCUCAUGCCCUUGUUACUGAGACCCCGAGCGGGUUUUCUCAUGUCCUGUCAGACACCAGCGGUUCUCUCAAGCAGGCUCGCAUCUAAAAAGGCCGGAGGCAGCAGCAAGAACCUUGGAGGGAAAAGUCCCGGUCACAGAUACGGCUUUAAGAGACAGGACGGAGACUUUGUACGUGCCGGGAACAUCCUCGCCACACAGAGGCUCAUGCGCUGGCACCCGGGAGCUCAUGUUGGCAUGGGGACGAACAACACGCUGUACGCUCUGGAGGACGGGAUGGUCCGCUUCACCAAGGAAGUCUACGUCCCUCUUCCCCGCAGCACCGAAGCCAGAGAGGUGAUCCCCAAACUGCCCAAAGGAGCUGUGCUCUACAAGUCCUUCAUCAACGUCAUCCCCACAAAGCAGGAGAACAUCUUCAAACUAGUGGACAUGUUCUGAGACCAGCUGAUUCUGAGAUUCUCCCUGAACUGAGAAAUG